CUAAGUUUUUAUGAUCCUUCAGUUCUAAAAGUAGUGACAACAUGUCUGCAGAGAGCGUGUCAGCGAGAUUAGACACCAACAGGAACUGCACAAUAGAGAUCGACAACAAGAGCAACAACUACAAUCUCAUCAACCCACAAGUCUACAUGUACCAUGGAUUCAACCACACUAUUCUUCAGCCCACCAUCGGAGCCCGAAGCAUCUCAGUCUGUGCCUUCACGAAGACUCCAAACACUGCCUGCGGUUCCAUAGGCGUCUUGACCUAUGACCUCUUCGACAUGAAGAACCAGCGUACCAUUGAUCGCAUGGCUCUUCUGUUCUCUGUUCCCUACAACUUUAACUUCUACGAUAACAUCUUCGCUAUCGGGUUGAUCACAACAGCCCGUCAGUGCAAUGAAGCCCUGUACAACGACAUGUAUUACGGAAAGGGCAAUUUUAACCGUGCGGAGGCAAAGAAGGGAGGCCUCACAUACACUUUAUCGAAUGUUGAAUUAAGAGCAACUAUGUCAAAUAUGGCCAAAGCUAUUAUUAAACUACAGAUUUAUGACCGGUGAGGCUAAAAAUGAAAAAUGGAAAAAGUUUAGCCUUACAAAAGAAUUUAUUUUCAUGAAUUCAUAUGUAAAAGUAUGCAAUUGUGACUGUAAAAUCGAAUAAAAAGGCAAAGUACUUAAAAUUGA